UCGAACGAUCAAUCAUACGAAAAUGGUAGACGCAAAUACUCAACAAACGAUAAUUAUCACGAAAAAUUCCGUGUGGUACCAAAUGCCUGGCUUCCGGAUGAUCUGGAUGAAGUGACCCAUCGGAUGAAUAAGCGCAUUCAUGCCCUAACUGGAUUAAGCAUGGAGACCGCGGAAGAUUUGCAAGUCGGUAACUACGGAAUCGGUGGCUAUUAUGCCCCACAUUUUGAUUUUGGCCGGGUACGUCAGUCACAAAUUGCGUGCACAAAUGCAAAUGUGUCAUGCAGAGUUGUAGUUUUUAUGAGUGAUGUGACAGCUGGGGGUGGCACUGCUUUCAACCGAAUCGGUGCACUUGUGAAUCCAGUAAAAAAUGCUGCCGGGUUUUGGUACAACUUACUACCGAGUGGCGAAGGCGAUCUUCGAACCAGACAUGCAGCUUGCCCUGUAUUGGUUGGUUCCAAAUGGGUCAUGAACGUAUGGUUCCAUGAACGCGGUCAGGAAUUUAUUCGACCAUGUGAUUUGGAACAGGGAACGAUCGAAGAAGAUGACGGAUUCUAA